CGGUGGGCGAUUUUAAGGCAAUGCUGUUAGUGUGACGUAUAAUCUAGUGGACGGAACGCAAUGCUGUUAGUGUGACGUAUAAUCUAGUGGACGGAACGCUUCUUUCAGCAGCAGCAACAGUUAGUCCGCCACCUCGGUAGCUUGCUAGCCAAAAUAGCCGAACCCAUAAAGCUCUUUAGACGCUUUAGUGUAUAUUAGCCACUGUAUUUUAAACCCUUGUCUGUCGUCUAGUUAGUUAGUUAUCCUAUUUAAUUUCAUAUUUACGGUGCUGUUGUUAUUAUUCAGCUAGCGGACUGGUUAAGUUAGCAUUAGCCUAGCUAGCUAACAUCUCCGACCAUGAGUUCACUAAAUGACUCUCUUCCUGCUGAAGAAGAGACGGUCUGUUGGACGGAGAAAGAAGCUCUCAUCAAAGAGGAGGAGGAAGAGAAGGAUGUUACAAUACAAAAACAAGUAGAGGGUGAGGCUGUUACAGGGAAAGAAGAAGAGGAAGACGUUACAGUGAAAGAGGAGGAGGGUGUGACAGUAAAAGAUGAGGAGGAUUCAGUUUUUGAAGUGAAAGCGGAGGAUGGGGAGAUUACGGUCUCAUCGGAAGAAGAGGAGGAGGAAACUGGAUAUCUGGGCCCGAUUUCCCAAACGCAAUUUAAGGCAUCCAGUGGUUCUAAAGAUGAACUUAGCCAUAAGAUGGUUUUGAGAAACCGGGCCGUGAUUACCACUGGAGAGAGACGGGACUACCGUGGGUCCUCUGGGGAGCCUCAACAACCUCAUGAUGCUGACGAGGCAGAGAAGAGUCUCUCCAGAUCAGAACACAUCAAUAAACACCUGCAGAGAUCCACAGGGAAGAGAACUCACUGCUGCUCUGACUGUGGGAAGAGAUUCACCUCAUCAGACAUUAAAAUUCAUCAGAGAACACACACAGGAGAGAAACCUUUUAGCUGUGAUCAAUGUGGGAAGAGUUUUACUGCAUCUAGCAAUCUGACUAAACACCAGAGAACACACACAGGAGAGAAACCUUAUAGCUGUGAUCAAUGUGGGAAGAGUUUUGGUCAAUCUGGAGAGCUGACAGUGCACCAGAGAAGACACACAGGAGAGAAACCUUUUAGCUGUGGUCAAUGUGGGAAGAGUUUUACUAAGUCUGGCCAUCUGACUCUACACCAGAGAAUACACACAGGAGAGAAACCUUAUAGCUGUGAUCAAUGUGGGAAGAGUUUUGGUCAAUCUGGAGCGCUGACAGUGCACCAGAGAACACACACAGGAGAGAAACCUUACAGCUGUGGUCGAUGUGGGAAGAGUUUUACUACAUCUGGCCAUCUGACAAAACACCAGAGAAUACACACAGGAGAGAAACCUUAUAGCUGUGGUCAAUGUGGGAAGAGUUUUACUACAUCUGGCCAUCUGACUCUACACCAGAGAAUACACACAGGAGAGAAACCUUAUAGCUGUGGUCAAUGUGGGAAGAGUUUUGGUCGAUCUGGCCAUCUGACUCUACACCAGAGAAUACACUCAGGAGAGAAAUCUUAUAGCUGUGAUCAAUGUGGCAAGGGUUUUGGUCGAUCUGGAGAACUAACAGUGCACCAGAGAACACACACAGGAGAGAAACCUUAUAUCUGUGGUCAAUGUGGGAAGAGUUUUACUACAUCUGGCCAUCUGUCUUUACACCAGAGAACACACACAGGAGAGAAACCUUAUAGCUGUGUUCAAUGUGGGAAGAGUUUUAGUCAAUCUGGACAGCUGACUCAACACCAGAGAAUACAUACAGGAGAGAAACCUUAUAGCUGUGAUCAAUGUGGGAUGAGUUUUACUACAUCUGGUUCUCUGUCUCUACAUAAGAGAACGCACACAGGAGAGAAACCUUAUAGCUGUGAUCAGUGUGACAAGAGAUACUCUGAUAAAAGAUCUCUGAUCAAACAUCAGACAAUACAUACAUGAAGGAGUUAUUUCGUGAUAUCAAUGAAUUAAUGUCACAAUGUAGAAUGUUUUAACAUUGUAGUAGGAGUAUUUUAAGGAAUUUCACAAUGUUGAACCCUAAACCUUUGCCCCAUUCAAUUGAUUUCAGCGUGAUAUGGAUAUUAUACUUGGGAAAAAUACAGGCUCUGAAUUGAAAGAGUACUAUUUAUGUGAUUUAACAAAAAGUGACUAACACAAAAGAGUUGUGUUACACUUACCACAUUGGUGACCCACUUGAAUCAAAAUGCAGCACUUCAGAAUGUAGCGAUCUGUUUUCUACAAAUUGUCCUCUCACCAGUGAUGUACACAUUAUUCCCAGAUUCCUUGUGUUUUUUGAGCUGUUAGUUUUAACAGGACGUGCAACCUCAUCUCCCUCCUCUCGCACAAUUGAUUUCAACAUAUCGAUGAGUGAUGACAAAUAAGUGUUGCGUUCCUUUGUUUAGUGACCCCUAAAUUUAAAUGCAUCACUCCAAAAUGUAGCUGACUGUCUUCUGCAGGUUGUCCUCUAACCAGUGAGGUAAAAGAUAUCUCCCAUUUCCAUGUGUUUUUUAGAUGUUAGUUUCAACAGCACGAACAACCUGAUCUCCCCCCUAAUCGAUAUCAGUGAUUUAUUGCUACUUGUCAAAACAACAGGGUUUUUGGUGCUUGUGUCCAUGGUGACGACAACUUGGUUUCUGAUUGUCUCAAGGUUGGGCAGUCAAAAAGAUUUGUGUUUUGUGUUUAGCCAGUGCGUUCCAUGGAUCACAAAUUAUUUUGAAUUUCCGUAUUAGAGAUGAGUUAUGUUUGGGCUCGUUCCAAGGGGAGGAGAGUCCUAGAAGCUAGUGGGGGAAAAAUACACUUUUUCUUGUUUUUAAUUGUUGAUAGCCAGUAGACACCAUGUUUAUAUUGGUGAAGAAUUGUAGUUGAUUAUAUUGUGAAAUGGAAGUUGUUUUCUGUUGGUGGUGAGCAUUCUCUUAAGGUGUUACAGUAUUUGGUUUUUCCAUUUAUGUUUUGAGGUUGGACUUUAGCGCGUAUAGCUCGUUAGCACGUAGGACGCACUGAUUGGUGUCACCUCGUUAGUCAGUAUGUUUUACACCUGUGCUGGCUUGUCCAUCUCGUUUGUGGGAAGGUGUUUCACCUGAGCUGGUCCAGGUUCUAUUUAAGAGUGUCUGGCCCAGUGCGCCAGUUGUCUUGAUAGAUGUGGAGAGUCAACACCUUUAGUUGCUCCACCUUUUUGGUUUGCUUCCUGUCUUAAAGUUUGUUGUGGGUUUUUCUUUUGUUUGCCUCUUCUUGGGCAGAUUUAGUGGGUGUCAUAGUGGGUGUCUUUUAGGUCCCAGUUGUUACCAGUCAAUUUUCAAUCGAUGCCCCCGUAGUGUCUUUCAGAACCCCUCCUAAAAAACAAGUUAUGUUUUGGGUUGGAUGUAGCAUCAUAUUGUUAAUAUUUGAAUCAAUGGCAUUUCCUUUGCAAUGCUCAUUAGUCUUUCAGUUGUUUGUUUUUUUAUCCUCAAUAUUUCUGUUUAUUUUCAUUGUUUUUUCCUGUGAAGCCAUUGUGUUGCAUCCAUGUCUGAAAUGUGCUGCAUAAAUAAAGCUUGAUUUGACUUCAACAAAUGAACCCAAUGACUGACCAAUCAA